UUUUCCUUUAGUUAAAACUUCACAGAUUCUUCAGUCCCUUUCUAAAGGAACAAUUAUCAAUUGUGCUCCAGUGGAAGAACACAAGAUUCUCCGCAUGGACUCCCUAGCAACAUCAAUCAACCAAUUUGCCCUUGCAUUUAGCAAAAAGCUAGCUGAAUCUGCUGAGGGUAAAAAUAUUUUCUUUUCUCCCUGGGGCAUCUCAACUUCCUUGGCCAUGGUAUAUUUGGGCACCAAAGGGUCUACUGCAGCCCAAAUAGCCCAGGUGCUUCAAUUCAACAGAGACCAGGACAUGAAAUGCCCUGAAAAUGAAAAGAAAAGGAAAAUGGAAUUCAACUUGGGCAAAGUUGAAGAAAUAAACUCUCACUUCCAGGCGCUUAUCUCAGAAAUUGUCAAGCCCAGCAAUUCCUACAUACUUAAAACAGCCAAUAGGGUAUAUGCAGAGAAGGCGUACCCGUUUCUUAAUAAAUACUUAGAUGACGUGAGAACAUAUUUUGGAGCAGAGCCACAGGCUGUUACCUUUAUGGAAGCUUCUGACCAAGUCAGAAAGCAGAUCAACUCCUGGGUUGAAAGCCAAACUGAUGGUAAAAUCCUGAAUCUCCUACCUGAAGACUCUGUGGAUUCUACCACCAAGAUGGUGCUGGUGAAUGCCCUGUACUUUAAAGGUACUUGGGAACAUCAGUUCUCAGUGAAAAACACCACGGAAAAGCCUUUCAGAAUAAACAAGACAACAAGCAAGCCAGUGCAAAUGAUGUCCUUGAAACAAGAACUUCUGAUUUUUCACAUUCAAAAUCCACAAGCCACAGGCCUUCAGCUCUACUAUGAGAACCGUGAUCUCAGCGUGUUUAUACUGCUGCCAGAAGACAUUAGUGGACUGGAGCAGCUUGAAAAGACAAUGACGUAUGAGAAGUUGAACGAGUGGACUAGUGAAGAAAUGAUGGAGUUGUAUGAUGUGCAGCUUCAUCUUCCUAAAUUCAAGCUGGAAGAGAGUUAUGAUCUCAAGUCACCCCUCACCAGUAUGGGGAUGAGCGAUGCCUUUAGCCAGGGCCAAGCUGAUUUCUCAGGAAUGUCUUUGGGGAGAAACCUAUUUCUGUACAAUGUUUUCCACAAGGCUUUUGUGGAAAUAAAUGAGCAAGGUACAGAGGCAGCAGCUGGCUCUGCAAGUGAGGUGCGUUUUCGAAUUCGAAUCCCCUCCAUCGAAUUCAAUGUAGAUCACCCAUUCCUUUUCUUCAUCAGGCACAACAAAACCAAAAGCAUUCUCUUUUAUGGAAGGUUCUGUUCCCCCUAA